AUGGCGGAAUUGAACUGGCGCUCAGCGGCCGUCAAUGCAAUCAAGCGCAUACAUGCGCGGGUGUGUGAAGCCAGCUGCGAAACCCACGACGUAUUUCAACUGGAGCACGAGCUUAAAUCACUGGAAACACACUUUCAGCGAUUCACUCUUAAUCACGAUCAUCUUGUAGGCCAGGCUACCAAGGAUGAGGUUGCACCGCAUGACGCCUUAUGGGAAGCAAUUGAGGCGUUAUAUGACGACGCUUGCUGUCGCCUCAAUCGUCUGAUAGCAAGCACAAAGUCGGUUCCGGCUGCGGCCUCAACCGACCACGUGCUCAACACUCAUAGCGCUCUGUUGGAUGGGCGUUCUGUCGACCUGAAAAUUGACCCGCUGGUGAUUCCGGUAUUCGAUGGGAGGAUGUGUAAUUGGCUUGCGUUUAAGGACGCAUUUGAGACUCUCGUACACAAGUCCUCCUAUCCAGAAGCGUUCAAAUUAGGGAAGCUUCGGCAAUCUGUCAAUUCAAAGGAGGUCCCGCUCAUAGGUGGUGUUUAUUCGGGUGGCUACGAGGAGGUUUGGCGCGCGUUAAAGGACCGUUAUGAUAACAAAAAGCAACUCGCAGAAAUCCAUGUGACGCGGUUCCUUAACUUAAAAUUGUCGACAGAAGAAUCGGCCAAGUCUUUGCUUGCCAUUGUGGACACGGUUCACGAGUCGCUACGCGCGUUGCGGGUUAUGGAGGUGCCUGUCGAUAAAUGGGAUGCAUUGGCAGUUCCCAUCGUUACCUCCAAGCUACCUACUAUCACGAAACGCGAGUGGUCUAUGCGUUGUUCUUCACAUGAGAUACCGCUGUUGGAGGAUUUGCUGAAAUUUCUAGAAAAAAGAGCACAUAGCCUAUGCCAGGAAACAUCCAUUGAGUCGGUGCGAUUGCCGCGAACAGUAAAAUCUAACGUGGUUUCCACGGUGGAUGGGAAGUGUGCCCAUUGCCAUGGCAUUCAUCGUAUCACGAGAUGUCCCACCCUUGCAGCAAUGUCGCCCGGGGCACGUUUUGAGGCGGUUAAGGGAUCGAAGCUUUGUUAUAAUUGCUUAAGGGCUGGACAUUCGUCGAAACAAUGUUCUUCUGGUGGUUGCCGUAAUUGCGGUCGACAGCAUAACACGCUGUUUUGUCGCGAGAGCCAAACAGGAGUAGCAGCUUCAGGCUCCCAGUCCAGCUCAAAGGUCAUCGAGGCUACCCCGCAAGCUGUCCAGCCUGCUCCAAACUUAUGA